UCCGGCGGGCCCAGGCGUCUCAUCCCGGAGCUCACCUGCAGUGGCGGCAGGGCCGCGGGGAGGACGGCCUGGGCACCGGGAGCGGCGGAGGAUGGACUCGGUGGUCUUUGAUGAUGUGGCUGUGAACUUCACCCUGGAGGAGUGGGCCUUGCUGGACCGUGCUCAGAAGGAACUCUACAGCGAUGUGAUGCUGGAGACCAUCUGGAACCUGGCCUCAGUAGAUGACAAGGCUUGGUUUAAGACCAAUGGGUCAUUUUUUCAACUGGACAUUUAUGGAGAAAAAACACCCAAGGAACCUAAAAUAUCAAAGUUCACCAGACACAAUUCCUGGAUCUCUGUGUUAAGAACCACUGGGGAAGAUGUCAGCAUUGAAGAUCAGUGCACAGACCAGGGGGUCCAUCCGAGAAAUGCCAUGGUGGAGAGACUCUGGGGAAAUAAUCAUGGAUGUACAGCAGCCCCCAGCCAGGUCCCAGACCUUCAUGUGUACAAGAAAAUCCCUCCUGGUGCCCAUCAGGGUGAACACAGCACACGUGGAAAAGUCUCCAUGCAAUACACAUCCCUCAAGAGUAACAGUACAAUUAACACCAGACACAAGCCACACCAGUGCCAGGAGUGGGGACAGGUGUCCAGUUGUGGUUCACACCUGCGACCACACGUGUGUCAGUGGUGUGGGAAAAGCUUUCCUCGGACUUCUUCCCUCAAUCGGCAUAUCAGGACUCACACGGCUGAGAAAACCUACAAGUGCAAGCAAUGUGGGAAAGCCUUCAUCGACAACUCAGGUCUCACCAGCCACACGAGAAGCCACACUGGAGAGAAGCCCUAUAAAUGCGUGGAAUGCGAGAAAGCCUUCAGCUUCUCCUCAACCUUCCGUAGACACCUGAUCACGCACACAGGAGAGAAACCCUACAAGUGUGCGGAAUGUGGCGAGGCCUUCAGCUACUCCUCCACCUUCCGCAGACACCAGAUAUCGCACACUGGAGAGAAGCCGCAUCAGUGUAAGGAAUGUGGGGAGGCCUUUAGCUACUCCACAGCGUUUCGCAGACACAUGAUAACGCACACUGGGGUGAAGCCGCACGAGUGUAAACAGUGUGGGAAAACCUUCAUAUAUCUCCAAUCCUAUCAGAGACACCAGAGGAUUCACACUGGGGAGAAACCCUAUGAGUGCAAAGAAUGUGGGAAAACCUUCAUUUAUCCCCAGUCCUUUCGGAGACACGAAAGAACCCAUGUCGGAGAAAAGCCAUAUGAAUGCAGCCAGUGUGGGAAAGCAUUCAGUAAUCUCUCAUCCUUCCGAGGACACGUGAGGGUGCACACGGGGGAGAAACCCUACGAGUGCCAGCAGUGUGGGAAAACAUUUAACUGGCCUAUAUCCUUACGCAAACAUGUGAACACACACUCUCGAGGAAAGCCCUAUGAGUGCAAGCAAUGUGGGAAAGCCUUCAGUUUGGCCACCUGCUUCCGGGAAUAUGUCACAAUGUAUCCUGAGGACCAGGCCUAUGGGUGCAAGCUGUGUGGGAAGUUUUUCCACUGCCACACCUCCUUACAGAAGCAUAUGCGAAGGCACACGGCAGAGAAGCUCUAUGCAUGUCCCCAGUGCAGUAAAGCCUUCAGUUGGCCCGAGCUGCUACAGCAGCAUGUGAGAAGCCACACUGCAGGGAAGCCCUACAAGUGUAAGGAAUGUGGGAAAGUCUUCAAGUGGCCGUCGUCAUUACCAGUGCACAUGAGACUGCACACUGGCGAGAAACCCCAUCAGUGCCAGCAGUGCACCCGAGCCUUCAGCUGCUCGUCAUCCUUGAGAAGACACACACGAAUACACAGUGCCGAAAAGACACACAGAAAUACACACUGGGCCCGCAAACCUGGGUAUCCACCUUCGAGUGGACUUGUGGACACUGUUCCAGACCACACACACGAGGACAGCCGUCUUGGAAGAGGUGUAAAUAUGACACUGCCUCUGCAAACCUCGUCCUGAAAGUAGACGCACAGAGAGCGUGUGGUCCACUUACAAAUAAGCAUUUAGGCAAAAAAUUCUCUAGCUGGGUGUACUGGCUGCAUUUGUGAUCCCAGCACUCAGGAGGUGGAGGCAGGAGGAUCUUGAGUUCC